UAUUACUGGAAAUGCUCUGUCACAGGAUCACUUUGACCUUGGAAAUGUAAACACUCAAGCAGAUGGUUGCUUAUGCCAUGAGCUACUAAAGAGAUACAAUGAACAAGCAGUUGGCAUUAUGGAUUCAACCAAUUCAGAAAAGUUUCUUCUUCUGUACUUCUGCUCAAUUUAACUCUGGAACUGAGUGAGUUUCUAACUUACAGCACAGAAAAUCAACUACCAUGGGAUCUUUGGUUUCUAAUUGUAGAACAACUGAGACGAUAUCAAAUAUCUUCAGGUUUCUUUGAAGAAUACGUAAACCAAAAAAGUAAACUAAAAAGCUAAACCUUGAUUCCAAACUGCUCUUUUUCUGAAUUUAAAUUGAAUGAAGUGUGAGUGAUUGAUGAAUUAAUUGAUCCACAAAGCAUUUUUGAUGAGAGAGAGGAUCUGAGCCAGAAGUAAUGACAGCAAGAGACUGUUGCAUCAAGGCCUGGGAGAACAAUACUUCUGGCUGGUUUAGCUAAACCAGUUUGCUUUCAGAAGGACGUCAAAACCAUAGAAAGGAUGCAGAGGAGAUUUACAAGGAUGUUGCCUGGAUUGGGGAGCAUGCCUUAUGAAAAUAGAUUGAGUGAACUCAGCCUUUUCUCCUUGGAGCGACAGUGGAUGAUAAGUGACCUGAUAAAGAUAUACAAAGGUUGUCUGAUUAGACUGGGAUAACCCUGUUCCUUGGAUGUGAGGGGUUAAAAUGGAACCUUGGAGACCUUCCCUACCAGUGGACAAAACCUCCCCAAGUCAUCAGCCGUGUGCCCCUGUCAAUCCUUCAAUCCAGGCUCCGUAUGGAUGGCAACUAAACUAUAUGGAAGAUGAAGAUAGUGCACCCAUACGUAGCCCUCAGCCAAUAUCCAAUACAUUCAACUUUCAAAGGAGCCCAAGUGUCGAUAGUCUGAUGAAUCCACUGCCAAGUUACAACAUGCCUUGCCCACCUUAUCCACAAACAUACCUGGAAUCUCUGAAACACCAUAGUGAGUCAGUGAUGGGCAGUCAGAGAGUAGAGUAUGGGCAACUCGACACUGAGAAUCAGGGAACACAGGCAUCAGCUGAUGUACUAAAUGCUUGUUAUUUGCAAUCUCUGAAGGAAACUUCUGAUCGGCAACUUCCUUCAAACCAAAUAUGCGGUGGACAAGAAUGUUACCAUUUUCAGAGAAAUCCUGAAUGUGAAUAUGGAAUACCACACACCAAAGCUGUCCCUUAUCCAGUUAGUCCCGAGCAAGUGGUGAAUCCAGAUCCAUUUAAUUAUGUUCCUCAUAUGCCAACUCCAUUAUCACCUACCUUGUGGCAAAAGAGUGCCUUGAGGAGUUUUAACCAGUCCUCAUUUGAUCAACUAAUAGCACCUAUUACAGCAGGAUCUUGCCAAUUUCCACCCGAUCUACACCAGUUGGGCUAUGAUCCAAAAUGGUUAGCAGGGGGUUAUCACGAAGAUUCGCCUGCACAGGUUCAAGAAGCCAUUCCACCUGCAACUUAUUCACCCAGCCAUUUUUGUCCAGCUUUUAAAAUGAGCCCAAGUAAGGAACCAGAGCAACAUGUACAGUCAGGAGCUGUGACUGAUCCCUUCCUAGAAACAUCAGACGCUGAGGAAGAUUCCACCUGCUUGAACUCAUCUCAGUUACCAAUUGGGUUUGAGGCACUGGGACAUUCCAGUAUAAAUGUUCCUUACCAGUGCUCAGACCCCCCAUUAGUCUCAGAUCUGCCACACAGUUAUGAAACAGAAAGUACUUUGAAUCAAACAUCACAGCCUCUGGCUUUGCUGCCAUCCUCGUCAAUGAAUUUUCCUCAGCCAGACGUUCAGCUGGAGCCAUCAGUCUUUGACUUUCCCAUCUGCAACCAGCAAUUCUCACCUCAACCUAGCAAAAAUACUUUUUCCACUUCCUUUGACUCGAAAGGCGAGCUGCUGCCUUUGGGGUACCGCCAGGUAUAUUUAAUACAUAAACCUGAGGGGAGCAAUGAGGAGUUUGCCAUCUUCCAUGACUUCUUAAAGCAGCUGAGAGCUAAACACCCAAGUUCUGACCUACAGUCCAACCCUGGUCUGAUCACCAGUAUUGUCACAGCAUUUCCGGAGGAGCUUCUCUGGGUCUGGCGUAUCCCUGUAACCAUUGUGUCGGAUGUUUUUAUGGAGCCAAUACAAACACUCCCAUACGCUGGCUCUACAGUCGCGGAGCUCAUUCACAUGACCUUGUGCAAUGAGCAACAACAUUCUGAGGCCAACAAUGAUUACGUUUUAAAGCUCUGCGAUGCUGAAGAAGUUUUACAGAAUUCUUGUACUUUAGGGAGUCACGAGUGCCUGCAGCUUUACAUGAAGCUUGGAAAAGACAUUAAGCUACAGCUGCUUAGACACAGUCACCUUCAACGAGUGUUGGCUCGAACGAACAUGGAUGACCAGGAUCCAUCUGCACUUCAGUCUUUUGCCAUGGAAACCAGUGUCUGUAAAGUGGGCCUCUCCAGGAAAGUUCUGAGUUCAAAACUCAGUAGGUAUCACAAUGAGCUGAAGAGUUUGUUGUCCGGUCAGAAAAGCACAAGUCGCAUUGUCGAGGAGGUUAAAGCCAUUUGCUACAUGCUUUAUUCAGUGGAAACCAAGGAAAUAACUGAUGCCAUCCAGGACCUGAAUUUGGUUGUCCAACAACAACAGACUUCAGUGGUUUCUGUGCACUUGUCCAAGCAUCAAGGUUUGCUCAUCAAGUCAAUCAAUGCCUUGACUGCCGCUAUUUCCCACCUCAUAUACAUCUACUGCAGGAACUUUGACACUGAUUGUCAAGUCGCUGAUGUUGGUGCCACAGAAACUGUACCUGUGGCUCAGGCACAGACGAUCACUGCAGGUUUCAGCUUCAAUAUUUAUGCUGUGCACAGAAUCCCCAGUGUCUGGGCUAAAAGCUACGAGAACUUAUUUGUUUCUUGUUCCUUGAAAUACGGAGGCAACAAAUUGUGUCCAGUGAUUAAAACAGAAGAAAUUUGCAUCACAAAACCUUCUCUUUUUCACUUGGCUAGAUGGAACCAGAGAAUAUGCAUGCCCAUCGAGAUUUGGAAAUUGCCCUGUGAGGCAACACUCAGUCUGGUAUUGCAUGGAUAUCGUAUAGCCACUGGCAACCAUUCUGACAACAGCAAGUGCUCCAAAAACGUUGAAACCUUAGCAAGAGCAUCCAUGGCUGUCUACAGCUCUCAGCAAGUAUUGGUCCAUAGCACGAAACUGUUGUGUCUUGUCCAACCUAACGCCAGCCAUGCAGACACAUUAAUCUUACAGAUAGAUUUCCCAGACACUCAACGAGUCAAGUUUUCUCGGCCUGUUCCUGCAAUGUGCAACCAGUAUGUCAAUGAUCUUGAUGAAGUGUCCAGAAAACAGUUUGCAGAUAUCCAACAAAAACAUUCCUUUCUUUUGAUGGAAGAAAAUGAGAAAAACUUGCUCUGGGCAAAACGUUCAUUCUGUAACAGCACAAACUGCUUUCUUCCUCUCUUACUGGGCUGUGGGCUCAGCAGGGACUCAGUUUCUCUGCCUGAGAUCUAUGCAAUCCUUAAGAGAUGGAGCUUUUCGGAAAACCCUUUGGAGUCACUGGCACUUCUGCUUUCAAGGUUUUCAGAUCAAGAACUUCGUCAGGCAGCAGUCCAGCAGAUUGGAACCAUUCUCAAUGAUGAAUUGUUGGACUAUCUGCCACAGUUGGUUCAGGCAAUAAAGUUUGAAUGGCACCUUAAUAGCCCACUCGUGGAAUUCCUGCUAGAUCGUUCAAUCAGGAGUAUACGAGUGAGUCAUCAAUUGUAUUGGUUACUGAAGGAUGGCUUGGCAGACUCUCAGUUUAAGGGCAGAUACGGCCAGCUGUUGGCAGCACUGCUCAGUUGCUCAGGACGGGCCGUGCAAAAAGAGUUUGAAAAAGAAACCAAGCUCAUUGAAAAGCUGGCAGAGGUAGCUAAGAAAAUCUGGGCAGCUGACCAGUCAAAGCGUUCGACUGUUUUAGCAAAAGAGUUGGAAGAAAUAGAGAAAUUCUUCUACGAGGAACAAGCUUGUCGCCUGCCAGUAAAUCCUGCUUUUGCAGUGAAAGGCAUUGAUGUUAGUGCUUGUUCCUAUUUCACAUCAAAUGCUGUUCCUUUGAAAGUAUCUUUCAUCAAUGCCAACACUUUGGGGAAAAAUAUCAAUGUGAUAUUUAAGACAGGAGAUGACCUCCGACAGGACAUGCUGGUUCUGCAGAUAGUGAAAUUAAUGGACCGAAUCUGGUGCCAGGAGGGGUUGAACAUGAGCAUGAUCAUCUAUAGAUGCAUAUCAACAGGAAGGGGGAGAGGGUUGGUGGAGAUGAUACCUGGUGCUACAACCCUCGCCAAGAUCCACAUGCAACACGGCAUUACCGGGCCAUUCAAGGAAGACACACUUUCAAAAUGGUUCCAGGCAAACAACCCUACUGAAGAUCUACACAAGAAAGCUAUGGAAAACUUCGUCAGCUCCUGUGCCGGCUGGUGUGUGGCUACUUUCGUGCUGGGUAUCUGUGAUCGUCAUAAUGAUAACAUCAUGCUGAAAACCUCAGGCCACCUGUUCCACAUAGACUUUGGGAAGUUUUUGGGGCAUGCUCAGAUGAUUUUAAACAUGAAGAGGGAUCGCGUUCCCUUUAUAUUCACUGCUGAAAUGGAGCACUUCAUCACAGAAGGUGGAAAAAAUGGGGCUCAGUUCCAGAGGUUUGUGGACUUGAGCUGUCAGGCUUACAACAUCAUCCGUCAUCAUACUCAGCUCCUGAUGAACCUGCUCGAGCUGAUGCUGUCAGCUGGACUUCCUGAGCUCUCUGAGGUCCAGGACCUGAAGUAUGUUUACAAUAAUUUGCGGCCGAUGGAUUCUGAUGCACAAGCCACCUCGUACUUCACAAGCCUCAUUAAAGAAAGUCUGAAAAGCCUACCAGUGAAAAUUAAUUUUUUCGCCCACAUCAUGGCACAGAAGAAAUUUGCAGGUGCAAAUGUCCAGCCAGUUCUAUCCUUUGCACCAGAAACAUACACAUUACAGACAGAUGGUCUCAUAAGGACUGCAUUAGUGUGUGGCUUUGAGAAGAAAAUAGCACCUCAUAAGGAGUAUUUUUACAAGAUUCAAGUGGAACGAGAGGGAGAGUGUGAGGCAACCUUCAUUGAAAGAAGUUACAAUCAGUUUGUUGAGCUCAACCAUCAGCUUCACUGCUGCUUUCCUGCAACAGAGAUACCAAGAUUUCCUUACAAGCCUCUGAUAGAGUUGUCUAAGGGAAGGGAAUUGGCGAGGAAAAGAAAGGAUGAACUAAAUGCAUAUGUGAGAUAUUUGCUGAACGGAUCGAUUCAUGUUGCCAAGAGUGAUCUUGUCUAUACUUUUUUUCAUUGUUUUCCAAACAAUGAGAGAGCUUCAGCGUCAUCGUCAUCAGAGGCUGUCUUUCACACUGAGAACUUGUCAGCAAGCACGCAGCUCCGAAUCUCCUGGGCAAACUGCAAGCUGUCUGUGAUGGUGAAGCACAUCAAAAACAUUGUAAGAACAUACUGUACAAUCCACAAGGUGUUGAAACACGCUGCGCUGCAGAAUUUUCUAUCAUUUUUACCAGAUGGUUCUGCGCCAGAUGCUUAUGUGAAGAUCUAUCUCUUACCAGAUGCAAAGCGGAUGACCAAAAGGAAAACAAAUGUUGUUCAAAGAAACAGCAAUCCAACAUAUAAUGAGAUUUUGGAGUACGCUGGCAUCUCAAGAGAUGAGCUACCAAACCGGGUCAUCCAGCUGAGUGUGUGGUGCAGGCAGACCCUGCUAGGAGCAGUAAACAUUCCUCUCAGGGAUGUAAAGCUGGAGGAAGACAAGUGGUAUAAACUGGGCAAUUGUUUAAUCUGACUGCAGAAAAGUGAGCGGACAUUAGGCACAGAACUUCCUCUAUUGAAAAUCAGCCCGUGCCAUUCUUGAAGCCUAUUCUACUUGAUGUUUUCUUCUGUGUUUGAUGGUGAUUGCCACCUUAGAACAUUUAAAGGAAACCUCCGAUACAAUAUAAAUAUUUGUAUAUCACCUGUACAGCUGUUAGCAGAUCUAAAUUAAAGCCUGUGGUAAACCAAUAUGCUGAAGAUAAAGCUGUAAUUAAUUACUGAUUUUCAACUAAGAUUUUCAAAGAGGUGAAUUCUCCAUCUCUUUUUUUCAAAACAUUGAAAGCAUUAAAUUUCAUGGCAAAGUGUCAUAAAUGUAUGAAGUUUAUUGUGUAAAGUCUACAUAAAAGGUUCAAAACUUUAUGUAAA